AUGUUCAACUUUGUUCCGUUUACACCAAUCAUUUUAUAUAUCCGGUGUAAGAAAUUAUCUAAAAGUAUUAAUUCUACUUUCAUAGCCCUCAUUCCUAAGGUUGACAACCCUCAACGCCUUAAUGAUUUUCGUCCUAUUUCUUUGGUGGGAAGUCUUUACAAAAUUUUAGCCAAAUUAUUAGCCAAUCGUUUGCGUGUGGUUAUUGGGUCCGUUAUUUCGGAUGCUCAGUCUGCGUUUGUUAAAAACAGACAUAUUCUUGAUGGUAUUCUUAUAGCUAAUGAGGCGGUGGAUGAGGCUAGGAAAUUGAAGAAAGAUCUUUUGUUGUUUAAGGCUCAAUUGUUCACUGGGUAUAGUUUUGGGGUGGUUAAUCCGGUUGUGGUAUCACAUCUUCAAUUUGCUGAUGACAUUUUGUUGCUGGGAACUAAAAAUUGGGCAAAUGUUCGUGCUCUUAGGGCUGCACUUGUUAUUUUUGAGGCUAUGUCCGAUUUGAAGGUGAAAUUUCAUAAGAGUAGCUUGGUGGGUGUGAAUAUUGCUUCCUCUUGGUUAAGUGAGGCGGCGUCUGUUUUAGGUUGCAAAGUGGGCAAGGUGCCGUUUUUGUACUUAGGUAAGUGGUGUUGGAGGAUGCUAGUUGAUAGGAGUGGCUUUUGGUAUCGAGUCUUAGUCGCCCGUUAUGGCGAAGUAGGUGGGAGGUUGGGGGCCAGAGUUGUUCUUCUUGGUGGAGGGAGGUGGUUAGGAUUGGUUUCUUUUUGUGAGCGGUUUCCUAGGUUGUUCGAUCUUUCUGAGAGUAAAUCCAUUACAGUGGCAUGUCUGUUUUCUCUUGGAGUUGAGCGGGGUGGGGAGGCGUGGAAGUGGAAGAGGAGGUUGUGGUCUUGGGAGAAGGAGGAGUUAGAGGAGUGUAGGGCUUUAUUGAUUGAUGUUUCUCUGCUAGAUUCUGUUUCAGACAAGUGGGUGUGGUUGCCAGACCCCACUGAGGGUUACACUGUUCGCGGUUCAUAUCGCUUGCUGACCACAAAUGACGUUCCCCUUAGGGAUCCUGCAACAUCUUUGAUUUGGCAUAACCAGGUGUCGUUGAAGGUUUUCUUAUUUGCGUGGAGGUUGCUUCGUGAUAGAUUGCCUACUAAGGUUAAUUUGGUUCAAAGAAGGGUGCUUGACUCAGAAGCUUCUCUGUGUGUUUCAGAUUGUGGCAUGAGUGAAACGGUACAACAUUUGUUUCUAACUUGUGAUACCUUUUCACCUUUAUGGCCUCUGGUGCGUCAUUGGCUAGGUAUCAUAGGUGUUGAUACCAAUGUUCUUCUAGACCAUUUUCUUCAGUUUGUGAACUUGACAGGUGGAGGCAAAGCUACUAGAGACUUUCUUCAACUUAUUUGGCUCUUGUGCGUUUGGGUUUUAUGGAACGAACGUAAUAACAGGCUUUUCAAUAAUGUUGUAACUUCUAUUCCCAAGUUGUUAGAGAAAGUUAAAUAUAUGUCUUUAGCCUGA